CGAGCGCAGCGAGCGCGUGACGGAUGUAAUAACUUUAAAAUCUGCCUCCCAACUUUCUGCGGCCGUCAGUGCGUCCGCGCGCGCCUCCUCCGCGGGUCUGUGCCAUGGAUCUACCGUCCCGGUGUUCCGGUGAAUGAUCAGAGCCCGCGCGCGCGCCCCCCAGCUCCACUUCCAGCUUUUCUUUUUCUUUCUCUUCUUUAUCCCGUCUUUGCUCUCGGAUGCUGGAGAGCGUCGCGAGGCGAAAUGAUGGCAUCAAUAGGGGAAUUUGACCCUCUCAACACCAGAGUCCCCGCAACUAAAAUAGAAGUUACCGUCUCGUGCAGGAAUCUACUAGACGUGGACACGUUCUCCAAGUCAGACCCCGUGGUUGUGUUGUAUUUGCAGGGCGUGGGAACCAAAGAAUGGAGGGAGUUUGGCCGGACGGAGGUGAUCGAUAACACUCGCAAUCCAGACUUUGUCCGAAAAUUUGUGCUGGAUUUCUUCUUUGAAGAGAAGCAGAAUCUAAGGUUUGACGUGUACAAUGUGGACUCCAGAAGCUGCAACAUUUCCAAGCAUGACUUUCUCGGCCAGACCUUUUGCACACUUGGAGAAAUAAUUGGCUCCACUGGAGGAAGACUGGAGAGGACACUAUCGUGAGUUCCUAACAUCCUUUUCAUUGUUCUGCUAUGACGUUUCUGUGGGUUUCUUCAGGUGUUCCAAUAGAGAUUAUGCACAUAAAUAAUUUGUUAGCCCAAAAGAGCACAGUGAUUUCCCCUUUGUCUUGUUCCAUAUUUACCGUUAGCUGCUGUGAGAACAACAUUAUAGGAGCCUUCUCACCAAAGAAAUGACUCACCCAGUUUAAAUAGCUGCUUCUUUCACAUUGUUAGAUCAAAGUGGGAGAAGCCACCUUCACCCCGCGCUCCUGUUUAUGAAGUAGCAUUCUGUGUUUAUUGUGCUGCACAAAGUGUGAUGAAAAAAGUGUGAUGUUGGACAAAAAAGGCAAAAACAUCCAUUUUUGAUGCAUUGUCAUCCACAGAUAGCUUGAACCGGGCGGGUUUCUUUUCAUUUCUAACAAGGGUGGAACGUGUGCGUUCUUUCUGAACUCAGCUCCCUAUUUUUACUACAUGCCUGCAGUGUUAGAUAACAUCGUGUAUGGAGAAAUGCUGGCGGUCGGGGAGCGAUGUGAAGUCAGAGAGGACGCAAGCUACAUUUUAUUAUGAAGGCAAUUUAUCUGGCUUUGUUUGUCCACACACAGAGGAGUUCAUUAUACAUAAAUGAGGGACAGAGGUCUUCAGACUAAGUCGAUGUGACGCUAACGCAAGAGCAGCAUCCAGACAAAUGCGCUGUGAUAUUAACAGAACAGGCGGCUGUGCUUCAGCCUGAGUGAAUGGAAAUCAAUGUCUUUAUGAGAUGUUUAUUCAGUGCAGAACAUUCUUUAAGCGGAACAGUCCAGGGUGAGGCCCGCCUUCGCCCAACGCUGGCUCCAGCGUCCCCGUGACCCCAAACUGGAGCUAGAAAAUGGAUGGAUGGACUUUUUUUAAGGAGAGCUAGUAGAAGUGUAAUCUAAGAUAUUUGCACUCUGAGUUUCUUACGGAAGCGGGGGUUGACUACCAGUAUUUUAAAGUCCUGUGAAAUUAAAUGCAAACACAGUCGGUAAAAAAAGGAGGAAAACUUUGCAGAUGGGAUCUGACAGAUGAUUUCUGAUUUUAAGGUUAGGAAAUUCAAAAAAU